UUUCAGUAUACUAACAAAAAUGAAAAAUCAAGUGUAUGAUUUCAACUAAAUCCUGAUGGCUCUUGAGAGAGUAAAGGAAGGCAAUAUGCCAAUUUUUGCCAGCUCACAGUCAAGAGGUCUACCAUCACUACCACUACUUCCACCAAAUAAAAGCCAGUCUGAUCUGUACAAGAUCGUGAACAAACAUGGUCAGUUUCCACCAAUAAUGAAACCAUCAUCCUGGACGAAAGCUGCGCCUUACAAGGAGACACCAUUUCAUCGUACACCAAGUGAAUCCAUUGCAAACAACUUUUCUCCAAAGGCACAAAACCUUAAACUAAAGACAUUAUUAAGACAGAGACAAAAGAAAAUAAAUGCUAAUUCUGCAUCUAUUGUUAGACAAUAUGAAGGGGUGAAAAGAAGAAGUGCAACUCCCUUGGACCACCAACAAGAUCAAAAAAGAUUACAUUUAAGCAGAAGCCGACCUUUGACUCCACAUGAACAAAGAGUAAUUAUGGAGAGAGAAGAUGCAGUUAACAAAAACGAAAAGUGUGUUCCAUCUGAGCAAGAUUUGGAGCGCUAUUACUAUUACAUUAAUUACGGAGUUUCAAGAGAUGACAUUCUUGUCCCUGAUGAUAUAUUUGUUGAUCACAUUUUGACAUUCAGAAUUCUGCCUCAGUUUAACUUUAACAACAACAACAACAACAACAACAACAAUUACAAUAAUGAUAACAACCAUGUAAAACUUAUUGACGAAUUAAAAAAAGAAGUUUAUGAAGACUAUAACUUUAGUUCUCGUAAAGCUAUUGUGGAUUACAUUUUGCGAGAUGAGAAAGAAAGGAAGAGAUUGUUUAUAAAAGCCAUUCCUAAACCUUACUAUGUGAAGUUAACAAAGAAAUUAGCAGAUUUUAUGUUUAUUAGAUGCUACCGAUCUCCUGUCCCCUGGCAUGACAGAUUCAAAACUGUAAAGGAAUACAUUCACAAACAUCUAUUUAUCACAAACCCGCUAACAACAUCUCUACAAAAUCUCUGGUAUGAAAGGUUCGCAUCAAGCAGAUUUAUCGAUAUUAAAAAACUAGCCAACGUAAACCUUCCAUUGACGUUAGAAAGUUUUAAAGACCUUACGGAGGAAUUUUGCAGAAUGGGAAAGAAUUACUUAAAAACUGAAUGGAUUCCUGAAUGCGCAAAGUUAUUCAAAGAAAUGGAAAAUGCGUGGCACAUGCUAUUACCGAAACAUGACUCAGACAGUACACAAUUGGUGCAAGAAUUUUUUACGUGUGUCUCGACAGUAAUGUCAAUACAACUAAGAAGCAUGGUCAUCAAUUCUUUAAAAGAUUUUGUUCAGUUUUUAAAGAUAUACUCUGCUGGUAAUGAUUUUGAUGUGCCAUAUAAACCGCUACAAUAUGUUUUCCCACAGAUUUUGAUGAUUGAUGUUUUAACAAAAGAUCGCAAAGAAAUCAUUUUUAAUCCUCCUCUCAUGGAUAUCCACAAUGUACUGGCCACCAUCUUUAAAAAUAUUGUUGAUAGUGGUAAAGGGAUACCAAGGGUAGAAACUUUGAUCUUCAAUGAACUUCGUACAAAAAAACUGUAUCUCCGAACAGUUAGUCCAGACGAAAUUGUUGUUAAAGAGCUUUUGGAAGAAGGCUUGUCUGUAUUUAGAAUGAACAUGGUUGGACCACAAAAAUAUUUAGAGACUUACAAUAUCUACCAAGACCUUCUUAAUGGAAGAGGAGAUAAUGCUGUUGCAAAAUUUCUAGUGGAAAAUCAUUAUCUUGGGGCAUUCUCAAAGAAAAUAGAUGCAUAUCAAAAGUUGUCAGAUGAGAUUUCUGGUCUUCACAUAACAGUACCACUGAACAUGUUUUGUUUGAACUGUCAACAGUUGAAUGACGAGCUUGUCACUAGAUGUAAUACUUUAGCAAAUAAGAUGAUCACGUUUAUUGUUGAUCAAAAUCGAGAACUAAACAAAAACCUUUGUCACUUGUAUGAUGAUGUUUCUGAUCGUUGUCAAGAAAUGCCUGACACAACAAAAGAAAUAGUUGAAUUGGUACAUUACUUGAGUGAUGCGAGUACUGUUAAAGUUGUCACACUGCAAAGUCAAGUCAAUGAAGCUGCAGAGAGAUUACAAUUUCUCCUAACCUAUGCCCAUUUGUCUGAGGAAGACACCAAACUUAAUAGUAAUGUGUUUGGAUGGCCCAAACGAAUUCAAAAGAUUUUUGAGCUUAGUGAUAACAGGAUACGAACUCGAAAAGAAAAUGCUGCAAAUGAUUUGAAAAAGAAGUUGGAAGAUUUUAAAGAGAAAUUAGAACUGUGUCACAAAGAUGUUGACCAAUUUAGAAAGAAAGAGGUGAUGAGCUCUGAAGAAGUUGUGAAAAAUGUUCAAAAAUUGGAUGAACUUGAUGCAUUUAUUGAAGAAGCAAGAUUAGAAGCUGAGCUUUUAAAUAAAGAUGAAGAACUCUUGGAGUGGGAAGUUACUCAAUUUUCAACAUUAGCAGGAAUUAUGGCUAUUAAAGAACCUUAUGAUCGUUUAUGGAGGACUGCAUUACAAUUUAAUAACAGCUAUGAUGAAUGGAUGAAUGGUCCGUUUAUCAACAUUAAUGCAGAAAAUGUUGAAGACAGUAUCUCGACAAUGUGGAGGACAAUGUUUAAACUUGGAAAAACAUUUGCUGAUGCUGCUGGUCCACGUCGUGUUUCUGAGAGCAUAAAAACAAAAAUUGAUAAAUUUAAAAAUAAUUUGCCCUUGUUGAGUUGUAUAUGUAAUCCAGGAUUACGAGACCGACAUUGGACGCAGAUUAGUGAAGCUGUUGAAUUGGAUGUACGGCCAGAUUCAACGACAUCGUUGUCACACAUGAUUGAAUUUGGUCUUCAGAAAUAUCUUGACAGAAUGAAUGAAAUUAGCAGUUCUGCAAGCAAAGAGUAUUCUCUGGAAAAGGCCAUGGAGAAAAUGAAGAACGAAUGGAAUGAUAUGUUAUUUGAAUUCACAGCAUAUCGAGACUCUGGUAUAUCUAUUUUAUCAGCUGUUGACGAUGUGCAGUUGUUGCUGGACGAUCACAUAAUCAAGGCACAAACCAUGAGUGGUUCACCUUUCAUAAAACCUUUUGAGAAAGAAAUCAAAGAAUGGUGUGAACGAUUGAUUAUGAUACAAGACAUACUUGACAACUGGUUAAAAUGCCAAGCAACAUGGAUGUACUUGGAACCUAUAUUCAGUUCAGAAGAUAUCUUGGCACAAAUGCCUGAAGAAGGACGCAAGUUUGGAAUUGUUGAUGGCUACUGGAAAGAUAUAAUGAUAGAAGCGAUCAAAGAUGACCACGUUCUUGUGUGCACAGAUCAACCUAACAUGCUUGGUAGAUUAAUUGAAGCAAAUCAAUUGCUGGAGGAGAUUCAAAAAGGCUUAAAUGCUUAUUUAGAGCAAAAACAAUUGUUUUUUCCAAGAUUCUUCUUUUUGUCAAAUGAUGAACUCCUCGAAAUACUAUCUGAAACAAAGGAUCCACUACGGGUGCAACCACAUUUAAAGAAAUGUUUUGAAGGAAUUGCAAAAUUGGAAUUUACUGAACAACAAGAGAUUGUUGGUAUGAUCAGUGCAGAGAAUGAAAAUGUUCCUUUCAGUAAAAAGAUUGUUCCGGCUGAUGCAAAGGGUAUGGUUGAGAAGUGGCUUAUACAAGUUGAAGAGGUGAUGAUGCUUAGUUUAAGACAAGUGACAAGUGAAGCACUAAAGGGUUAUACAGAAGUACCAAGAGAGAAUUGGGUGCAAGAGUGGCCGGGUCAAAUUGUCAUUGCUGUUAGCAGCAUAUUUUGGACCACAGAGGUGUAUAAUGCCAUCUUGAAAGAAAAUGGUUUGAAGAAAUACUUGCAAGUUUCCAAUGAGCAGAUUAAUAAAACUGUUGAACUUGUGCGUGGUAAACUCGACAAAGGUGUUCGUGUAACUCUUGGCGCACUUGUUGUUAUUGACGUACAUGCUCGAGAUGUUGUGGAGAAAAUGGCGAAUGAUGGUUUGAGUGAUCCAAACGAUUUUAUGUGGAUUGCACAGUUGCGUUAUUAUUUUGAAGAAGGUAUGGUAGCUGUACGUAUGAUAACAACAACAAUAAUGUAUGGCUACGAGUAUCUUGGUAAUUCAGGACGUUUGGUGAUAACUCCCCUUACUGAUCGUUGUUACAGAACUUUGAUGGGUGCUUUAAAGUUGAAUCUUGGAGGAGCUCCUGAAGGGCCUGCCGGUACUGGCAAAACAGAAACAUCAAAAGAUUUAGCGAAAGCAGUUGCAAAACAGUGUGUUGUCUUUAAUUGCUCUGAUGGAUUGGAUUACAAAGCAAUGGGAAAAUUUUUUAAAGGUCUUGCACAAGCUGGUUGUUGGGCCUGUUUUGACGAGUUCAACAGAAUUGAGUUAGAGGUAUUAUCAGUGGUUGCUCAGCAGAUCUUAACCAUACAACGCGCAAUAGCCUCACAUUGCAAAACCUUUCUUUUUGAAGGGACUGAGCUUGUUCUCAACCCAACAUGUACCAUGUUUAUCACAAUGAAUCCUGGGUAUGCUGGUAGACAGGAGUUACCUGAUAAUCUAAAAGUCUUGUUCAGAACUGUUGCAAUGAUGGUUCCAGACUAUUCUCUCAUUUCAGAAAUUUCACUUUAUUCGAUGGGAUUUGUCAAUGCAAGAGCACUUGCUGUGAAAAUUGUUGAGACUUACAAACUAUGCUCAGAACAACUUUCUUCCCAGUCUCAUUAUGAUUAUGGUAUGCGUGCUGUAAAGUCUGUGUUAACUGCAGCAGGAAACUUGAAACUGAGGUUGCCUAAUGAUGAUGAAAGUGAAUUAGUUUUGCGUGCUAUUUUGGAAGUCAAUUUGGCAAAGUUUUUGUCACAGGAUGUGCCUUUGUUUGAAGGCAUCAUAUCUGAUCUUUUUCCUGGAACUUCAUGGCCCAACCCAGAUUAUGGUGCACUGAUGGAUGCAAUGGUGAGCAACUGUAAGAAGUAUGGUUUACAAGCAACGGAUUGGUAUUUGAAAAAAAUCAUCCAGAUCUAUGAAAUGAUGAUUGUUCGUCAUGGUUUUAUGAUUGUUGGAGAACCUCUCGGUGGAAAAACAAAAGCUUAUAAGGUACUUGCUGAUGCUAUGGAAGAUUUAGAAAAAAUGGAAGUUCAAGACUUUUUUAAGGUGAAGUACAAAAUUAUCAAUCCAAAAUCUAUUAAAAUGGGCCAACUUUAUGGCAACUUCGAUCCAGUCUCUCACGAAUGGUCAGAUGGUGUACUUGCUGUUUCAUUUCGUGAACAAGCAGCUUCUCAAACUGACGAUAGGAAAUGGAUAUUGUUUGAUGGGCCUGUUGAUGCAGUGUGGAUUGAAAAUAUGAACACUGUUCUAGACGACAACAAAAAGCUUUGCUUAAUGAGUGGUGAAAUUAUUCAAAUGAAUAACAAACAGAGUUUAAUUUUUGAAACAUCCGACUUGGAGCAAGCUUCUCCUGCUACUGUUAGUCGCUGUGGAAUGAUAUACCUUGAACCUCAUCAGCUUGGCUGGAAACCUUUCAUGGAAUCUUAUUUGGAUGAACUUUCAGACUUUUUAAAUAAAGACCAAGUUCACUUUGUUAGAGAUUUAUUUGAGUGGUUAAUGCAACCUUCGCUAGAUUUUAUCCGUCAUGAAUGCAAAUUAAUCAUUUCAAUGUCUCCAAUGUUUCUUGCGAAAAGUUUCAUGACAUUGUAUAAAUGUCUUCUUGAUGAAAUCAGAGGCCAGGGAACAGCUGAAGGUUCACAGAGAAUGUCAUCAGGCCAGAUCAUGUCAUGGCUAGCCAGUUUGUUUAUAUUUGCAUUGGUAUGGUCUCUUGGCGCACUAGUAGAUGGAAAUGGCCGUGUGAAGUUUGAUGAAUUCUAUCGCCAGUUAAUCACUGGACAUGACCAAUCUCAUCCAAAACCAAAACAUCUAAAGAUUGGGAAGCAUAACUUAUUUCCUGAAGCUGGCAUGAUCUAUGACUAUGUGUUUGUAAAACAUGCAAAUGGUUCUUGGUCCCGAUGGCUUGACACCAUCAACAAGAGCAGUUUGGUUAUUUCAAAGAAUGCGAAGGUGAACGAGUUAAUCAUUAAUACUGAUGAAACUGUGCGACAAACAUAUUUCUUGAAUACGUUUAUAUCUCACGAUUGCCCAAUGAUGUUUGUUGGCAACACUGGGACUGGUAAAUCAGCCAUCACCAAUGAUCAUCUUGUAAAAUUACCUAGAGACAAGUAUAUUCCAAUCAAUGUUAAUUUCUCAGCACGGACAAGUGCACAGCAAACUCAAGACAUAAUUAUGUCUAAACUUGAUAGGCGUCGCAAGGGUGUGUAUGGUCCACCACCGGGAAAAAGAUGUGUUGUUUUUGUCGAUGAUUUAAAUAUGCCAGCCAAAGAAAAGUAUGGUGCUCAACCACCGAUCGAGUUGUUAAGACAGUGGAUAGAUCAUAAAAAUUGGUAUGAUUUGAAAGACACCUCAACUAUAAUUCUUGAUGAUGUGCUGCUUGUCACAGCUAUGUGUCCACCUGGAGGAGGACGUAACGACAUCACAGAUAGAUUUACACGUCACAUGAAUGUGAUAUCAAUUGCAGAUUUCGAUGACAAUACAUUAACGAAAAUAUUCUCAUCGAUAUGUGAUUGGCACUUCAGUAAUGGUUUUGAUACAUCCUUUGUAAGACUGGGGAAGAUUGUUGUUAUGGCAACCAUGCAGGUGUACAAAGCAGCUAUUGGCAACUUCCUGCCCACCCCUACAAAAUCACAUUAUGUGUUCAAUUUGCGAGAUUUUUCAAGAGUUGUGAGAGGUGUGCUGCUGGUACCUAGCUCACAUAUGGAAGACGGAGACAAACUUAUUCGACUGUGGGUCCAUGAGGUUUACCGAGUGUUUUACGACCGUCUCAUUGAUGAAUCUGACCGGUUGUUUUUUUUCAACCUCAUUGGAGAAACGACAAAGAAGCAGUUUAAUAAGGAUAUCAAUGCAUUACUAAAACAUCUUGUUCCUAGUGGAAAACUCACUGAUGAUCAUGUGCGCUCUCUCUUCUUUGGCGAUUACAUGAAUCCAGAUUCUCCAGAUAAAAUAUACAACGAAGUCACUGAAAUAGAUACUUUAACAUCUCGGAUAGAAUCAUAUUUAGAUGAAUAUAAUUUGAUGAGCAAAGCUCCCAUGUCAUUGGUGAUGUUUAAGUUUGCCAUUGAGCAUGUGUCAAGAGUUUCGCGUGUUCUUAAGCAAGCCAAUGGGCAUGCUUUGCUAGUUGGUAUUGGUGGAAGUGGGCGUCAAAGUGUCACAAAAUUGGCUGCACAUAUGGCUGACUACGAUCUAUUUCAAAUCGAAAUCACUAAAAGUUAUUCCAAAACUGAUUGGAGAGAUGACUUAAAGAAGCUCCUUAUAAAAUCUGGCGUGGAAGGGAAGUCGACAGUAUUCCUGUUUAGCGAUAACCAAAUCAAAGAAGAAUCAUUUGUGGAGGAUAUCAACAUGAUCUUGAACACUGGCGAUGUGCCGAAUAUUUUUGCAAGUGACGAAAAGGCUGAAGUUAUUGAAAAAAUGCAGGGAGUUGCUAGAUUGGAGGGAAGAAAAAUUGAUGCUACACCACUAGCGAUGUACAACUUCUUUAUUGAUCGCGUCAAAUCGAAUUUACACAUUGUGCUUGCAAUGAGCCCAAUUGGUGAUGCGUUUCGAAAUCGCUUGCGUAUGUUUCCUUCACUUAUUAACUGCUGCACGAUUGAUUGGUUCCAGGCAUGGCCAGAUGACGCUUUAGAAAUGGUUGCAAAUAAAUUUUUGCAAGACGUUGAAAUGGAAGAGCAUGUUCGAAAUGCUUCAGUGGUCAUGUGUAAAUCAUUUCAUGAGAGUGUAAGAAAGCUAUCUGAAAGAUACUUCGAAGUCCUACGUCGCCACAAUUACGUCACUCCAACAUCUUAUCUUGAACUUAUUCAAACUUUCAAAAGUCUGCUGCGUACCAAACGUGAAGAAACGAUGUCGCUAAAGAAUCGAUACAUCAUUGGAUUGGAAAAGCUUGAGUUUGCUGCGUCGCAGGUCAGCGUUAUGAAGGAUGAAUUGAUUGCAUUGCAACCAAAACUUGUGGAAACGUCUGCUGAAACAGAAAAACUGAUGGUGAAGAUUGCACAGGACACAGUUGAAGUUGAGGCGAAGAAAGAGGUUGUAUCUGCAGAUGAGGCUGUUGCAAACGAAGCAGCAGCUGUAGCACAAGGAAUUAAAUCAGAGUGUGAAGCUGAUCUAGCUGAAGCCAUUCCUGCUUUGGAGGCUGCUGUAUCUGCAUUGAAUACAUUGAAACCAAGUGAUAUCAGUCAAGUGAAAGCAAUGAAGAAUCCUCCUGGAAUUGUCAAGCUAGUUAUGGAAGCUGUGUGUAUUAUGAAAAGUAUAAAACCAGAACGUAAGCCAGAUCCGUCUGGUUCUGGCAAGAUGAUCGAAGACUAUUGGGGACCCUCACAGAAAAUCUUAGGCGACAUGAGAUUUCUAGACAGUUUGAAAGCAUACGAUAAAGACAACAUCCCUCCUGCUAUCAUGAAAGUCAUCAGAGCGAAAUAUGCUACAAACGAUCAAUUCGUUCCUGAGAUUGUACGACAAGCCUCGACAGCUUGUGAAGGUUUGUGUAAAUGGGUUCGAGCGAUGGAAGUUUAUGAUCGAGUUGCUAAGGUGGUCGCUCCGAAGAAAUUAAAACUCGCUGAAGCAGAAGAAGAACUUAGCGUGCAAAUGGCGAAGUUGAACGAAAAGAGAGCUGAGUUAAAAGAGGUGUCUGAUAAGCUACAAGCAUUGAACGAUGAACUUGAGUUGAUGACAAAGAAGAAGCAGGACUUAGAAGCUAAUAUAAUUCUCUGCGAACAGAAGCUCGAUCGUGCAGAAAAAUUGAUAGGAGGGCUUGGUGGUGAGAAAACAAGAUGGACUGAGACGGCUGCAAAUUUAGCUGGAGUGUACAAUCGGUUAACUGGUGAUGUCUUGCUUUCUUCUGGUGCAGUUGCUUAUCUUGGUGCAUUCACAGUUGACUUCAGAAAUGAAUGUAUCAGUGAAUGGAAAAAGCUGUGCGAAGAGGUCAAAAUUCCAUGCUCAGCAAAUUUUUCAUUGAAUUCAACCCUUGGCGAACCAGUGAAAAUACGAGACUGGCAGAUAGCUGGCCUUCCUGUAGAUGCAUUCUCUAUAGAUAAUGGUAUCAUUGUGAACAGUACCAGAAGGUGGCCACUCAUGAUCGAUCCGCAAGGUCAAGCCAACAAAUGGAUCAAAAAUUUAGAGAAGGAGAAUAAUCUUGCUGUUGUUAAAAUGUCUGAUUCAAAUUAUGCAAGAACGCUGGAAAAUGCUAUUCAGUUUGGAACACCUGUGCUAUUGGAGAAUGUUGGUGAAGAAUUGGACCCAAUGCUAGAACCCAUUCUUCUAAAGCAAACUUUUAAACAAGGUGGUGUUGAGUACAUGAAACUUGGUGAGAACGUUAUCGAGUAUUCGAAAGAAUUCAAAUUCUACAUAACAACAAGAUUGAGAAAUCCUCACUAUCUACCUGAAGUGUCGGUCAAGGUUACUGUAUUAAACUUUAUGAUUACACCACUCGGACUUGAAGACCAACUUCUUGGUAUUGUUGCAGCGAAGGAGAAACCAGACUUGGAAGAGAAGAAAAACAAAUUGGUUUUGGAAAGUGCAGCUAACAAGAGACAGUUAAAAGAGAUCGAAGACAAGAUUUUGUACGUUUUGUCGUCGUCUGAAGGCAACAUUUUAGAAGAUGAAACAGCUAUCAAAGUUUUAUCAUCCUCAAAAGUACUGUCUGAAGAAAUCUCGGAGAAACAGGAGCUUGCUACAAAGACAGAGAAAGAGAUUGACGAUACAAGAAACGGUUAUCAACCUGUAGCCACGCAUUCUUCGGUGUUAUUCUUUUGUAUCUCAGACUUGGCUAACAUUGAACCAAUGUAUCAGUACUCUUUAACGUGGUUUAUAAAUCUCUACAUCAUGUCCAUCGAAAAGAGUUGCAAGUCAGACGAUCUAGACGAACGCAUCGAAAACUUGAACGAUCAUUUCACGCAGAGUAUCUACAAUAAUGUUUGUCGCUCACUGUUCGAGAAAGACAAGCUAUUGUUCUCGCUUAUCCUGACUAUUAAUAUCUUGAAGGGAAUGAAUAAAGUUGAUGAUCAAGUGUGGCGGUUUCUUUUAACGGGAGGCGUUGGUCUUGAUAACCCAUACCCAAACCCUUGCUCUUCUUGGUUGAAUGAACGUUCGUGGUCAGAGCUUGUGCGAGCAUCCGAAUUGCCGAACCUAAUAGGAAUUAAAGAUAGUAUUACUGAUCCUGGCUGGAAAAUAUUUUAUGAUUCUGCUGCACCACAUAAAGAAAAAUUUCCGGCUGGUUGGGACGACAAAUUAAAGGACUUAGACAGACUUGUAGUUCUUCGCUGCAUUCGACCAGACAAAGUUGUGCCGAUGGUUCAGGAUUAUAUCGUAGAAAACAUGGGCAGGACAUACGUAGAACCACCUACGUUCAAUCUACCGCUAAGUUUUAGCGAUGCCAGUUGUGUCACACCGCUCAUAUUUGUGUUGUCGCCCGGUGCUGAUCCCAUGGCUGCUCUACGAAAAUUUGCAGAAGAAAAAGGAUUCGGUGGGGACAGAAUUCAAACGAUAUCUUUAGGUCAAGGUCAGGGUCCCAUCGCACAUAAAAUGAUCAAAGAUGCUCUCGAAAAUGGUACAUGGGUCGUGUUACAAAAUUGCCACGUGGCUACGAGUUGGAUGCCCACAUUGGAAAAGAUCUGCGAGCAGGAAAUCACACCCGAGAAUGCGCACCAAGAUUUUAGAAUCUGGCUGACUAGUUAUCCUUCUCCAGAUUUCCCAGUGUCUAUUUUGCAGAACGGUGUGAAGAUGACUAACGAACCGCCGAAAGGAUUGCGUGCAAAUGUUCUCAGAUCAUACACCAAUGAUCCUAUAUCCGAUUCUGAAUUCUUUACAAAUUGUACGAAGACAAACGAAUGGAGAAAGAUGCUGUUUGGACUCUGCUUUUUUCAUGCUUUGGUACAAGAAAGAAGAAAUUUUGGUCCGCUGGGUUGGAAUAUUCCUUACGAGUUUAACGAAUCAGACCUUCGCAUCAGCAUGCGACAGUUACAGAUGUUUUUGAAUGAAUACGAUGUCGUCCCAUUGGAAGCGUUGACUUAUUUAUUUGGCGAGUGUAACUACGGUGGUCGGGUGACAGAUGAUAAAGACAGGCGCUUGUUGAUGUCAUUGCUACACAAGUUUGUCUGCGAGGAGAUUAUUAUAAGUGAUGAGUAUAUAUUUUCGCCAAGCGGAGUUUACUACGCUCCCAAAACAAGUCCAUAUGAGACAUACGUGGAGUACAUACGCGACUUACCGUUAAUUCCACAUCCUGAGGUGUUUGGAUUGCAUGAAAAUGCUGAUAUUACGAAGGAACAAAAGGAGACACAAAACCUUUUCGAAAGUAUUUUACUGACACUCCCACGACAAUCAAGUGGUGACGGCAAAUCUCCAGCAGCAACCGUGGGUGAAUUGGCGGCAGACAUUCUCUUGAAGUUUCCCCCUCCUUUCGAUAUCGAGAUGGUGAUGGAAAAGUAUCCUGUGUUGUACGAAGAAUCGAUGAAUACUGUGUUGAGACAGGAGUUGAUUCGUUUCAAUCGUUUGAUCGUUGUCGUGAGAGCGUCGCUCGCUAACAUACAAAAAGCGAUUAAGGGUUUAGUUGUGAUGUCAUCAGAAUUAGAAGAUGUGUUUGACAACAUGUUGUUGGGAAAAGUACCAGCUGUGUGGGCGGCCAAGUCCUACCCUUCACUAAAACCACUUGGAAGUUACAUUGUGGAUCUGUUGGACAGAUUGAAAUUCUUUCAAGAUUGGAUUGAUCAUGGCAUACCGAGUGUGUUUUGGGUAUCGGGUUUUUACUUUACGCAGUCAUUUUUAACAGGUGCUGCACAAAAUUAUGCUCGUAAAUAUGUCAUGCCAAUCGACCAUGUCGGUUUUCAGUUUUACGUUUUGGAUAAAGAUGCUAACGUCAGUAUGCGACCUGAAGAUGGAGUGUACAUCAAAGGUUUGUUUCUCGAAGCUGCAAGAUGGGAUUACGAAGCAAAAGCACUUAGUGAAUCGCAUCCUAAAGUUCUUUUUGAAGAAAUGCCGACUAUGUGGCUUGUUCCCGGAGAGAAGAAAACAUUCAAACCUCCACCCUGUUAUAAUUGUCCGGUGUACAAAACCAGCGCCCGGAGAGGUACUCUUAGUACGACCGGUCACUCUACAAACUUUGUGAUGUAUAUGCAAAUACCAAGCGACAAAGAUGAAAGUCAUUGGACUAAUCGAGGCGUGGCGUUACUUUGCCAACUGGAUGAUUAAUGUUUUUGUAAAACAAACUUUCCAUUGUAUAUAUGUACAUGUUCGAACUGUUUAAAAUUUGUAUUUUUGUGAAUAUGGACAUUUUUAACUUAUCAUAAGAAUUGGUAAUAUAACGUG